GAAUCAUUCGUUUUGUUGACUCAAACAACAACAAUAGUACAAUUAUAAAAUUUUAUUUUAUAAUAUUAACACCAUGAAGGGUUAUUUGUAUACUUUGUGUGUCGUUAGUGUUUGUGUUAGCGCAUUUGCCGCGGUCACCGAGACUCAAACCGCAGAAAAAAAAGAAGACAUCGUUUCUGCUGCAGUGGCUAAUGAAGACAAAGGAGAAGAAAAAACCCAUAACAAAAGACAUCUUGGAUUAAACUAUGGAUUGAACUAUGGUCUUCGUUCAGCUCUUGGUUGGAAUGCUCCUUUGACUGCUGGUGCUGCAUUAACUCCAGCUAUUGGCUUGAACCCAGGUUUAGGUUUGAAAACAACAGCAUGGGCUGCUGAUGAUUGUAUUGAUGCCGCUCCCGCAGCUUUAACUUACGGAGAAGGCUAUGGUUAUGGUGGAGCUUGGUUGGAACCACAAGCAAAAUUGAUUUCCAAAACUAUUCUUAAGGAAGUUGCACAUCCCAUCCCAGUACCAGUAGAGAAACACAUCCCAUUCCCCGUCAAAGUUGCUGUACCCGUCGACAGACCAUAUCCAGUUCAUGUACCAAAACCAUACCCAGUUCACAUUGACAGAGCUGUGCCUUAUCCAGUUAAGGUUGGAAUUCCACAACCAUACCCAGUACUCAAGAAUGUGCCAUUCCCAGUCAAAGUGCCAGUUGACAGACCAUACCCAGUUCAUGUACCAAAACCAUACCCAGUAUACCUCGAGAAACACGUGCCAUACCCAGUUGAAAAACACAUCCCAUUCCCAGUCAAAGUUCCAGUCGACAGACCAUACCCAGUUCAUAUUCCAGUAGAAAAACGUAUCCCAUACCCAGUCGAGAAGCCAAUGCCUUACCCUGUUCAUGUUCCAGUCGAUCGUCCAUAUCCAGUUACCGUAGAAAAACAUAUCCCAUUCCCAGUUGAAAAAGCUGUUCCUUAUCCAGUAGAAAAACCAAUGCCAUACCCCGUCAAAGUUCCAGUCCAUGUUCCAGUACCAAUGCCAAUUCAAGAACAACGUAUUGCUAUCGCUCCUCAAUUAGAAGCCAUUGACUGUGAAGAACCUAUUGCUAACGCCAGAUUCAUCGAACCAGCCAUGCCAGCUUUACCAUUGCCAACAUUCGCAGCACCAGCACCAGAACUUCAUAUGGCUCCUUUACCAACUGCCAUUGCUACUGAAGCCAUUGCUGCAGAUAUAGAUUGUGAUCCAAUCACCCUCGAAAAAAAGAAGGUCUCACGGUAUCUACGGCGGGGUGGGAGCGCAAAACGGGUUCGUUCUCGGACACUACAAAACCAGCGGAUUUCAAUACACAGCAUUCAUUCGAUCGUACCAUUCUGUUAUUCGAGCAACACAAUGAAAGGAGCAAUUUUCGCAGUGUGCGCAUUCGGGUUGUGCGCCUACGCUUUGGGUGCUGAAGACGCCGCUAAAGACACUAAGAAGAUCGACGACAAGAGCCAAGGCAAGAGAAGUCUGUACGACACCGACUACGGUUACGGCGGCAUCGGUGGUUUAGACUACAGCAGUAGCUACGCAAGUGGAUUAGGCUACAGCUACAGCAAUGGACCCCACUUAGGUAGCAGUCUUAGCUACGGCAGUGGUCUCAGCAGCUACGGCAGUGGUCUCAGCAGCUACGGCAGUGGUCUCAGCAGCUACGGCAGUGGUCUCAGCGGCUACGGCAGUGGUCUCAGCAGCUACGGCAGUGGUCUCAGUGGCUACGGCAGUGGACUUAGUAGCUACGGAAGUGGUCUCAGCAGCUAUGGAAGUGGUCUCAGCAGCUACGGCAGUGGUCUCAGUGGCUACGGCAGCGGUCUUGACUACAGCAGUGGACACGAUCAUCACGUACCCACAAAAGUAAUCACCAAGGGUGUUAGCAUACCAUAUCCAGUUGAAGUAAAUAAAGCCGUGCCAUAUCCAGUCAAAGUCGCUGUACCCGUGGACAGACCAUACCCAGUAGAAGUACCUCAACCAUACGCUGUUCACGUCGACAAGCCAUACCCAGUUAAAGUCGGUGUCCCUCAUCCAUACCCAGUAGUCAAGGAAGUCCCAGUAGCAGUCAAAGUUCCAGUCGACAACCCAUACCCAGUCCACAUCGAAAAACCAUACCCAGUUUACGUUACCAAAGAAAUUCCAUACCCAGUAGAAAAACCCAUUCACGUCCCAGUCAAGGUUGCAGUCGACAGACCAUAUCCAGUCCAUGUUCCAGUCGAAAAAAUCGUGCCAUACCCAGUUGAAAAGCCCGUCCAUUACCCCGUUAAAGUACCAGUCGACCGUCCAUACCCAGUGCCAGUCGUCAAGAAAAUCCCUUACCCAGUCGAAAAGCCCGUCCCAUACCCAGUAGAACAUGAAGUGCCUUAUCCAGUCAAAGUUCCAGUCAAAGUUUCCGUUCCAGUGCCAUACCCCGUUAAGUCAUACCAUCAUGAAGAACCAUCCUACAGCAGCCACCACGGAAGCAACGGAUAUUAAUAACAUCAUUUGUCGUGAUGAGUCCAUUGACGUUUUACAAACGUACUGAUCAGUUACCAAAUCAAUCCAAGCUAAGUAUAAGUGUUUUUUUU